UGUAGGUUAUCUUGUAGUUAAUACAUUAUAUUAGUUUGUGGAGAUUUUGUCUUUUGGUCACAAUUAAAAUGGGGCUUGACCAGCUGAAUAUCAUGUUUAAACAAAAUACAUUUUUUCUUGUUUUCAUUUAUUUAUUUAUUUUUUUGUAUAGGAUAUAAAAUUCCCUCAAAGACGUUGCUACUUGUGUUGAAAGAUGGUGAUAAGCUCUCAAAGAGUGAUGAGGGGAAAACAACCACAGAACAGAAAGACGAUCUUGAAAAUUACCUCCAUAGUAUCAUAAGCCCACAGUACAGUGUGAGCUGCAGUCAGCAACCUUUACAUGGGACACCCGAGUUACAUCACUCCGGAGAGGACAUGCAGCAAUGUACUCCAUCUUUCAGGGACCUUGUCGAGCUACAGGUAACAGCCAUACCAAAGCUUCACUCAGCACGUAGCAGCAGGAGCUUUGACUGUGAAAAAAUACAGAAAGCUUACACAGAAAAGGAACUAUAUAAAUGUGCUGUUGCAGUAAGGGAUUCACACGUCUUGGUCGUCUUAGAAAUCACUAUGCCAUUCACACUGAAGAGAAACCAUAUAAAUGUACCGAAUGCAGUAAUUGUUAUGUGCAAAAGAGUGAGCUAGAAAAACAUCAAAUGUUUCACACCGGGGAAAGACCGUACAAAUGUACUGAGUGCAUUAAGUGUUAUCUACACAAGAGUGACCUGCGAAAACAUCAAAUGGUUCACACCGGGGAAAGGCCAUAUAAAUGUACAGUGUGUGCUAAGUGUUAUACACGCAGCAAUCAUUUGAGACGCCACCUGACAAUUCACACAGGUGAGAAACCAUAUAAAUGUACCGGGUGCAGUAAGUGUUUUAGAAAAAAAGAUCGUCUGCUAUCCCAUCAGGCCACUCACACUGGUAUCAAGCCAUAUAAAUGUGCUGAAUGUAGUCAGUGUUUUGCACAAAGGUGGUGUCUAAAAAAACAUGAAAGGAUACACACAGGACAGAAACCGUAUAAAUGUGAUGAAUGCAACAAGUGUUUUACAGAAGAAAGAAGCCUACAAUUCCAUCAGGCCAUUCAUUUAGGAAAGAAGCCAUAUAAAUGUGAUGAGUGCAGUAAGUGUUAUCUGCAAAAGAGUGAGCUACGAAAGCAUCAUAUGAUUCACACUGGGAAAGACCCUAUAAAUGCACUGAGUGCAGUAAGUGUUUUACACGCAGCAAUCAUUUAAAGUACCAUCUGACCACGCACACAGGUGAAAAACCAUAUAAAUGUACUGAGUGCAGUAAGUGUUUUAAAAGCAGAGAUCAAAUGAUG